CUUCUGGAUGUCCUCAACGCCCACUUUCAGACAGUCUUCGGGAUAUCAAAGCUUCAGAGCACCAUGCUCCAAUUAGCAUACUUUGGUGCAUAUUUGGUCUACGCACCAAUUGCUAGUAUUUUCGUACGUUACUUCUUCCAUCUGUCCCCGUCGCUAAUCGAUUCGUUAUCUGGCAUGUAGAUGAGGCGAAAAGGCUACAAGGCCGGCAUACACAUGGGCCUAGGCCUUUACAGUCUCGGCGCCGUCUUCUUCUGGCCAUCUGCCGUUUAUGAAAAAUACGGUGGAUUCGUCGCAUGUACCUUCGUUAUUGGCUGCGGGCUCGCCACCCUCGAAGUCGCGGCCAACUCGUACAUCGCUGUGUUGGGAACACCGCGAUAUGCUGCUGCCAGGCUUAACCUGAGCCAGGGUUUCCAAGGCGUAGCGUCUUUUGCUGGACCGCUUAUUGCUUCGAGGUGGUUCUUCACUGGAGCGAACGCCACAACAUUAGACACUGUCCAAUGGGUAUAUCUUGCCGUCGCAGGCCUUGGUGUCGUUCUAAACAUCCUCUUCUACUUCUGCGAUCUACCUGAGAUCACCGAAGACGCCUUGUCCCAAGAAAUCCAUGAAGCCGGCAUUACUGUGGACGACCAGCCAUUUUGGAAACAAUGGCGGUGUAUCUUUGGAUUUGUAGCGCAGACCUGUUAUUGCGGGGCCCAAAUCGGCGUAGCGUCCUUUGUAGUGAACCUCUUAGUCGGUCAGAAUAUUGGGAUCAGCCAAUCCAAAGCCAGUCAAUUAUUCUCGUUCUGUCAGAUAACAUUCACUGUUGGACGGUUUGUGGGAGUUGCUAUUCUCAAUUUUGUGGACCCGGCAUUGUUAUUGACUUUCUACGCCGUAUGCUGUUGCGUAUUCUGCGGCUCCAUUGUGGGUUCACCUGGACAAGCGGCUGUUGGAUUUUUGUUUGCAUUGUUUUUCUUCGAAUCCAUUUGUUAUCCGUGCAUCUUCACAUUAGGAACGAAAAACCUGGGGAAACAUACCAAGAAAGGAUCAGGUCUAAUCGUCAUGGGAGUUGGAGGCGGCGCAUGGUACCCUCCUGCUCAAGGUGGUUUGGCGGACAGGGCUUAUACUCGCAGGUCGUACCUUGUCCCGCUAUCAGGUUAUCUGGUGGUAUUUCUUUACGCAGGAGGACUUGUCAUUUCCCAGACGGUGAAAGACGGUUUCCACUUCCGCAAUGUUGACCAGUUAGCUCAAAGACGGAUGGGUGCAUCAAACACAGACCCAUACACGAAAGAAGACGAAUCAAAUCAGAGGUCACAAGAUGGCAAGGAGAAGUCGGGUACCGCCCACAUUGAGGUAGUAUAGGCUUGUUAGACACAUUAAAGAUAGGCGUACAGUCCAUGGGUGUCAUGUCUUUGGAGGGGGCAAAUGAGUUAUGUUUAUGAUUACACAGCGGACGUUCGCGACCCUGUGAUACGGUCUACUAC